AUAUAUACAUACUGAAUAUUUUUGUGUUACGUGCAACUGCGUGCGCUUCGAUUUGAGUUUGCGUUAGGUAUUCUUUCUCCGGUUUUGGGAGUAUUCUCGAGUACACUGUGAAAUACUGUGACAUGCAAAACGGUGAUUGUAAAAGUAACAAUUAAAGUAAAGUGAAGUUAUUACACGAUGGCUGAUUCAUCUUACGAGAAAGGGCUCACAGAGCUUUCGAAAAUGAAGGUUGCAGAUUUGAGACUUGAAUUGAAGCAGAGAGGACUUCCAACCAAUGGGAAUAAAACUGAAUUGGUUGAAAGGCUUCAACUAGCUAUUCAUGGUGAUUCUGCAUUAUCUUUGGAUGAAACUACAGAAGAAAUUUUAGAUGAGGAUGCAGUUCUCGGUGAUGAAGAAAUAGAAGAGUUAUCAAGUAAGCCUGACUCGCAAGAAGUUAAUGAAAAAAGAAAAUUAUCUACUGAAAGUAAUAUAAGUGUGAAGAAGAUAGUUUUAAAUCGAAAACCAGUCAUCGAGGAUAUUAAGAAUGAUCAUGCGGAAAAGAUUGAACCCGAUUCAAAAAUCACUGAGACUUCACAACCAGAAAGAAAGAUCAUUAAGCUAUCAGAGCUUGGUAUCAAAGAGAGAUUAGAAUUGAGAGCAAAAAAGUUCGGUAUGCCAUUGUCGGAAUCAGCUAAGAAGGAAGCUAGAUCUGCAAGAUUCAGUAUUAAUAACUACAAUAAUAUAUCGGCUGCAUCUGUGAAAACGCCGGUGCAUACCACCUAUGAAGUACUGAAAAAACGGGCGGAAAGAUUUGGUACAUCUGUCUCUACUUUAAUGGAAAAAGCUGAAUUGGAAGCCAGAAUAGAGAAGAGAAAAGCGAGAUUCGGCGAAGUGAAACCGGCAGGAGAAAAAGUAUUUAGCAAUAAAGUUAAAAUCGUUAAAUGAUAUUCAGUGUUAUACACCAAAAUGGCAACUUAGAUUGCAAACAUUAGCCCUAAGUUUUCUUAUUUCCAUUGUAUACAAAUAAAAGAUCAUUGUAUUUGUUAUAAAAUACUUUGCUCAAGAAAUUCGGUUACUUCUCAAUAUAUAAUAUCAUUUGUACAUGUAAUAUGUUCAAUAUAAGUCCGUUUUCAAAUACUUUUGAGAACUGUACAAACAUUUAUUUGAUAUUUGACACGACAAGCGGAUUAAUUAUAGAAGAUAUAUAUAUAUAUAUAUCAUGAUAGAUAGUAGAAAAAAUACGUACGCAAUGUUGUCAUAUUAUUUUUUCAUUUCAAAAUGUUAACAUUGAAUUCAUAUAACUCAUUAUACGAUUGACCUGAUGCAUCACGAAUUUUGUAUCAUUCUAGAAUAUACUUGAAAUUAAACAAUUAAA